AUGGCGCGGAUCUCGUGCUUUCCAGACCGUUCCUUUGCCAACCCCUGGCAUGUGGCCUGGGUUGGUCACACGACAGCUAACCGCAUGCCAUCCAGCAACAGCAACCCGGUGAUCAACAACAUCAUCCAGCAAAAUGUGCAGAACACGAUUGUGGUCAACCAGUUGACCCAGGUGUUCCAGACCACCAAUGUGCAGGCCUCCGCCACAGCCGUGGUGCAGGUGGUGCAGCAGCCCGGCAACGUGGUCAACCUGGCCCAGGGCUUCUCCAACGGCGCAACUGGGGGCCAGGCCACCGCCACUGCCACCGCCUUUGCCUCCGCCACGGUCUACCUGGCGCAGAGCGGAACCGCACAGCAGACCACCUCCGUGGCCUCCGCCACCGUGCUGGGCAUCUACUCCCUCUACGCCAGCGGCCAGACCGAGCUGGCCGUGUCGGUCGCCUCGGCCUACUCCACCGCCGUGGCCUCUGCCUUUGGAUGCGGGUCCUCUGUCGCGCAGCUCAUCAACGCCUACAUCUCCAUCAUCCUCACCCUGCUCAACGCCCAGAGCUCCGGCACCGUCAUCAUCAUCGGCUGA